AUAAAGAGACAGAUGGGGUGCAGGACCUAGUGCUAAGGUAUUCCGAUACGGCUCUUCUCCGCUGCUUUCCUUCAUACUGAAAACUCAACGUCUGCCCAUAUAACUUAGUCGCCAAUUAAAUUUUCUAAGUAUUUUGGAAAACCAUGGGGAUUGGCAAAAACACUACUUCAAAAUCUGUAGAAACUGGAAAUCCAGCAGAGGCCAAGUAUGAGGAUGAAGCCAAGCACACUGCUUUUUUUACAUUGCCAGUUGUAAUAAGUGGAGGAGCAACUUCAAGUGGCGAUCAAGAUACAGAAGACACAGAACUCAUGGCAAUCUAUACGACAGAAAAUGGAAUUGCAGAAAAGAGUUCUCUGGCAGAAACCCUUGACAGCAGUGGAAGCUCAGACGCACAAAGAACAGACAUGAUCUACACAAUUGAGGAUGUUCCGCCCUGGUAUCUCUGCAUAUUCUUGGGGUUACAGCACUACCUGACCUGUUUCAGUGGCACUAUAGCAGUGCCCUUCUUGCUAGCAGAAGCCAUGUGUGUUGAAUUUGAUCAGUGGGCCACCAGCCAGUUGAUUGGGACCAUAUUUUUCUGUGUUGGAAUCACAACUUUGUUGCAAACAACGUUUGGGUGCAGGUUACCCUUGUUUCAGGCCAGUGCUUUUGCGUUCUUGGCUCCCGCUAAAGCCAUCCUCUCUCUGGACAAAUGGAAGUGUAACAACACAGCUGUAAUGGCUACAAAUGGAACAUCGGAGCUGCUGCACACAGAACAUAUCUGGUACCCCAGAAUACGAGAGAUCCAAGGUGCUAUUAUCAUGUCUUCUUUGAUAGAAGUGGUGAUUGGAUUCCUGGGCCUGCCCGGAGCACUCUUGCGAUACAUUGGCCCUCUGACUAUUACACCCACGGUAGCUCUCAUUGGGCUCUCUGGGUUCCAGGCUGCAGGGGAGAGAGCAGGCAAACACUGGGGCAUAGCCAUGCUGACUAUUUUCCUAGUGCUGUUGUUUUCUCAGUAUGCCCGAAAUGUCAAAUUCCCAUUACCCAUUUACAAGUCCAAAAAAGGAUGGACCGCAUAUCGCUUGCAGCUUUUUAAAAUGUUUCCUAUCAUUCUAGCUAUUCUGGUUUCUUGGCUGCUGUGUUUCAUCUUUACUGUGACAGACGUCUUUCCGCCUGAUAACACUAAGUAUGGAUUCUACGCCCGCACUGAUGCCAGGCAAGAGGUUCUCCUAGUAGCUCCAUGGUUCAAGAUUCCAUAUCCCUUUCAGUGGGGAUUGCCGACUAUUUCAGCUGCUGGUGUGAUUGGGAUGCUCAGUGCUGUGGUUGCUAGUAUUAUUGAAUCCAUUGGUGAUUAUUAUGCCUGUGCAAGGCUAUCUUGUGCUCCUCCACCACCCAUCCAUGCAAUAAACAGGGGCAUUUUCGUAGAAGGCCUUUCCUGUGUGUUAGAUGGAGUGUUUGGCACUGGAAAUGGAUCCACUUCUUCUAGUCCUAACAUUGGAGUUUUGGGAAUUACAAAGGUUGGAAGUCGACGGGUUAUUCAGUAUGGGGCUGCUUUCAUGCUGCUACUUGGAACGGUUGGCAAAUUCAGUGCGCUGUUUGCAUCUCUUCCAGAUCCAGUGCUUGGAGCUCUGUUUUGUACUCUCUUUGGGAUGAUCACUGCAGUUGGACUUUCAAACCUGCAAUUUGUUGAUCUGAAUUCUUCACGUAACCUUUUCGUUCUUGGAUUUUCUAUCUUCUUUGGGCUGGUGCUCCCAAGUUAUCUUCGGCAAAACCCGCUUUUUACAGGAAUCGACAGCAUUGAUCAAGUCCUAAAUGUCUUGCUGACUACCGCUAUGUUUGUUGGUGGCUGUGUAGCCUUUAUUUUAGAUAACACCAUUCCAGGAAGCCCGGAGGAAAGAGGAAUCCGGAAGUGGAAGAAGGGAGCAGGCAAGGGCGGCAAAUCCCUCGAAGGCCUGGAAAGCUACGACUUACCUUUCGGCAUGGAAAUUGUCAGGAAGUACAAGUGCUUCAGCUUCCUGCCCAUCAGCCCCACCUUCCUGGGCUACAGCUGGAAAGGCUUCAGGAAAAGCAGUAACUGCGGGACUUCAGAGGAUGACUCGGAGGCCGCUGUAUAG